GAUGCAGACUUGUCUUAGUAAUGGAUGUGUGCUUCAGGGAGGGGUGGAGGGAUGGAGGGAGAGGAGAGAAAGGGAGGAUGAGUUAUAAUCAGCGAGGAGGGAGAGAAGACAGGGAGGGGAAAGCAAGCGAUCUACAGCGUGUUGAGGAGAGAGAGAGGCUGAGUAAAGUUUCUUACCCCGUUACAACAUUUUCCUCGCGCACAGCUGAUCCUCAACACCAAUACAUUCGCGAGCAUCGCCAGGAGGAACUCAAGGUGUGGUCAUCAUGUUGGGGGUGUGUCUGUCCGUCCUAUUGCUCCUCCCCCUGGCCUCGUCCAUCCCCUCCCCCUCCAGACCUCCACCAAGACUGUGCAGACGAUGCUGCGACCCCCUGCAGCCCCCAGAAUCCUCUGCUGCACACCCUGCCCACCACGCUGCCGCCACGCCAGAGGUCCACACCUACAUCAACAUGACCAUACUCAAAGGUAAAUUCUACUGCUUCAUCCCAGGAUCCAUCUUCAACAUCACUUAUUUGCAGGUUCCAGAUAAAGGAGACCUACCUCCACCUGAUGCACAGGUGAUCCUAAGGAGCAUGAUCCUGUAUGCCCAGCCCAGUGAGAGGUCCAUCAUGCAGAGUCAGAGUUGCUCACCAAAUGGAAACUCUAUAGACUACUACCAGGCCCUGGUGUUUGACACGGUCUUUGUCAACCUCUACGAGCACUUCAACAUGUUCAAAGGUAAAUUCUACUGCUUCGUACCAGGUAUCUACUUCUUCAACGUGAACAUCCACACGUGGAACUUCAAGGAGACCUACCUCCACCUGAUGCACAACGAUAAAGAGCAGGUGAUCCUGUAUGCCCAGCCCAGUGAGAGGUCCAUCAUGCAGAGUCAGAGUGUGAUGAUGGACCUGGCGCUGAACGACGAGGUCUGGGUCAGGCUCUACAAGAGGGAGAGGGAGAACGCCGUCUAUAGUGAUGACGUGGACGUCUAUAUUACCUUUAAUGGAUACCUGGUGGCGCCUAGUGUCCAGUGAUUAGAGUGGAGGAAGAGGGGGAGGGGGAGGAAUCUCUGUGUUGGAUUUUGGUCGUUUUAUCAUGCCUAAAGUUCAGUGAUGAAGAAGGAGGAAAGAAGCAAGAGAGGGAACUUGCACCGGUGUUGGAUUUUUGGUUUUGCUUGUGCCUAUAUUGCCUUCAGUGCUCACCAAAUUCAAAUGUAAUCUGGUUUGAUUUUGGUUGUCCGUUUGCAGUGCCUUCAGUUCUCACCAAAUGGAAAUUUUAGUUGUUCCUUUGUAGUGCCUUCAGUGCUCACCAAAUGGAAACUCUGGGUUGAUUUUGAUUGUUCCUUUUUGGUGCUUUCAGUGCUCACCAAAUGGAAACUCUGGGUUGGAUUCUGUUUGUACUUCCGUUGCUCCUAAAGCAGCCAAUGAUACAAAUGACCUGCGCACACGUUUUCCUCUGCCUCACGAUGUAUUCCUCUCAAAUACUUUGAAUGGGGAGGAUUGUGGGUAGUGUUGUGCAGUGUUGCAGUGUUGUGUAGUCCCAGUGAGAAAAAUUGGUUGAAAUUACAUAACUUUUUAAGCUUUUCAACGUCUUUUCAACAUAUUUUUUUGGACCAAAAAGACAUUUUCAAUGUCUUUUCAAUGUCUUUUGCUCAUAGGGUGGUUUUGGGACAAGACUUGAAUGGACCCUGCAUUGAACUGUUGCCAAGGUGACCUCGAGGAAAGCUUUAAAAGUGAAAAAGGAGAAGAUGCCAGCCAUAUCAAAUGAAUAUAUAGAGAUUGUUGAGUAAGUAAUGCAAGAUUGUAUUGAUAUAUAUAUUGAUAACUCAGUGUUAUGUGUUUUUAUAGAGAUUUACUUUAAGUUGCAGAGCAGCUUGUAACAUGUAAAUAUUUGUAUAGAUUUGUGUUACCUAAAGCGUUUUAUCACUA